CGCUGUGUUCUAUGUUUGACCUUUGGCGGUAGGUGUGAUUUUUAGGUUAAGUUUGUGGUAAACAAAAAUUUGCCUUAAAUUUUGUGGAACAAGAAAGAAAAUAAGAAUUUGUUAAAUCACUGGGAUGGCGGACGACAUAGAAAAUAUUCCCGCAAUAACUGUGAAAGAGCCACUAGAUUUGGUCCGGUUGAGUUUGGACGAAAGAAUUUACGUUAAAAUGAGAAACGACAGAGAACUACGAGGUCGACUACACGCCUAUGAUCAGCAUAUGAACAUGAUCCUCAGCGAUGCUGAAGAGACUGUAACAUCCGUUGAAAUUGACGAAGAAACGUAUGAGGAAGUAUACAGGACCACCAAAAGGAACAUUCCAAUGCUUUUUGUAAGAGGAGAUGGUGUUAUACUUGUCUCUCCACCAAUGAGAACUUCUUAAGAUUGUAAUUGUAUUGAUUAGAUGUGAAGCCUGUUUUGAGGUUCAUUGUAAAGAAUUUGAACUGAAUAGAUAUUCUUAAUAUUUCACAAACUUGUUGUUGAUAAUUCAAAAUCCUUUGUUAGUAUAAAUUUGUACCACCUUAAAA